AUGUCCGUCCGCAUUCCCACCGGCUCCAGGGCAUUCAUCGCAGACCACCUCACCAACCUCGAUCCCAAUAGUCCCGCAAUGAUCGAGGACUGCCCAAUCUGCACCGAGGAUAUCAGCGUAAACCACCUCGCCGCUCAAGUCACCGGUAUUGCCAAUUGCCACCACGUCUUCGGCCGGCAAUGCCUGAUUGAUUGGCUCCGAAGCGACAACCACAAUAACAACAAAUGCCCCAUGCGUCGAACUAGGCUGUUCAGAUGCAGGCGGCAGCCCAGAGCCGAACAGCCAGGCCAGGGACAACGCCGUAUCGCAUAUAGAGAUGCGGAUACGAUGACGACUGCGCAAUCUGAGAGGCGCCUCCGUAUUUACAUGGCGAGCCGUCGCCGGUGGAGAGCCCGUAGAUAGGGGAGUUCUGCUGCGGUGGCUGUACUGGCGAGAGGUUUUGCUUCGCCUAGACAGGCAUUCGGAGAUGAUAGAGAGAUGGUUUCUUUGGUUGCAUGUAUGAGCCUAAAUAGGGACAGUCAUUGGAAAUCCUCUGGGCAGUCACUGAGUCACUGAUUACGAGAUUCCGUCUUCAGCGUGUCUUCAGCGUGUCUUCAGCAGCGUCUCUAUCAAGCGCUCAGGGGGAAAACGAGUUUGAGAUCUUAAACGAUUUUGAAGCUACUACUAAGCACUGUAAAGAUCGUAAGUGGAAAUACACUAUAAUGUC